AUGUCGUCUUCCCCAAUCCUGGGUCCCGCGGCCCAGCCAAAACAACACUUCGACUUCGACGAAGAGCGCCUCGACUGGGCUCCCUCCGUGCCCAAGAAGUACCUGCGCCUGCUAAGACCGCGUCGCUCCGCCGUGAUACUCGUCCUCAUCGACUUCCUCAUCGUCGCCAUUCUCGUCAAGGCCUUCUGGCCGCUCAUCACACUGCUGCGCCGCAACGAGGAGUUGUUUGGCGCACGCCUCACACUUCCUCUCAACGACACUUCCUUUGCGCCCACUCUGCCAGAGCAGCAAACGAUACCGAGAAUCUUCCACCAGACGAGCGCGAACGAGACGGUUCCCGAGGCUUGGAAGGAUUUGGUCAAGAGCUGCAGAGAUGCCUACUCUGAUUAUGAGUACAAGCACUGGACUGACGAGAAGGCUCGCGACUUUAUUUCAGAGGAGUACCCUUGGUUCAUCGAUACCUGGGACACAUUCCCCUUCAACAUCCAACGUGCCGACGCCAUUCGAUACUUUGUUCUACACCACUAUGGCGGCAUUUACCUUGACAUGGAUACCUUCUGCAACAACACCAUCCCGCUGAACCAGAUCGAGGCCGACGGCGCCAAGCACCACGCUGUCUUCAAGUCUACCACGCCCACCGGCGUCUCCAACGACAUGAUGAUCACAUCACCGAACCACCCAGCAUUUACAAAAGCUCUCUCGCGCAUCCAACUCUACAACGACAUCUCAAAACCGUUGGGUUACAUCUUACCUCACGCCGCCGUGAUGGUCUCUGCUGGCCCGCUCUUUCUCACCAUGGCGCUGAAGAACUACCUCCUGGAGCAGCCGUCACUCCCCGAGAAGACGGUGCAGGUCAUCAACGCGACUGAGCUGGAGCCGUACCUGACUGAUUUCGAGGGCGCAUCGUGGCACCACGGCGACACGAAGACGCUGAUGUUUGUUGGUGAUCGACCCUGGAUCUGGUAUAUGCUGGGUGCUAUUGGGCUGAGCGCUGGGCUGUAUGUCAUCAACCUGCUUAUGCUCAAGUGCUGGACACGGUUCUUUGAGAAGACGGCGAGUGACGAGGCCAAGGAUGCUAUCAAGCUUACGUAG